AUUGUAAAGGUGGUAGCUGCCGUUCCAUGGAACACCAAAACAUGACAGUACCUUUCUGAUCUUGCAGCGUUUUGGUAAAUAUUUCAAGCUUUCUAGUCUCUGUUAGACUGUGGAAAUCACGGAUAUGGGACGAAAAGCCACCCUUGCAACAUGUUCGCUCAGCCAAUGGGCAAUGGACUUCGAUGGAAAUCUGCAGAGAAUCCUCGAAAGUAUUCUGAUUGCAAAAGAGAAAGGAGCAAGGUACCGUCUUGGGCCAGAAUUAGAAAUCCCAGGCUACGGGUGUAACGAUCAUUUUAUCGAGUCAGAUACCUUUCUGCAUUCCUGGGAAGUGUUAGCAUGUCUUUUGGAAAAUCAAAUAUGUCGAGAUAUCUUGAUUGAUGUUGGAAUGCCCGUGAUGCAUAAAAAUAUUCGUUACAACUGUCGCGUCAUCUUCUUGAACAAACGCAUCUACCUGAUCCGUCCAAAGCUAAUGCUUGCCCUGAGUGGUAACUACAGAGAAAGGAGGUUUUUCACUCCGUGGACAAGACAAAGAGAGACAGAGGAGUAUUUCCUUCCAAGAAUGAUAACAAAAAUUACAGGCCAAACAACAGUUCCUUUCGGUGAUGCAGUUAUAGCUACAAGGGAUACAUGUCUUGGGUCAGAGAUGUGUGAGGAAAUGUUUGUGCCAAAUAAUCCCCAUAUUCAUAUGGCAAAAGAUGGUGUAGAAAUAAUCACAAAUGGCAGUGGGAGUCAUCAUUCGCUAAGAAAACUUAAUGAGAGGAUGGACCUUAUUUUAAAUGGUACUGCUAGAGCAGGUGGUGUAUAUUUAUAUUCAAAUGUUAAAGGCUGUGAUGGGGAGAGAGUUUACUAUGAUGGAUCCUCACUGAUUGUUAUCAAUGGAAAAGUACUUGCACAGGCAGCUCAGUUCUCACUUGAUGAAGUGGAAGUGUUGACUGCUACAGUUGAUAUAGAGGAUGUCAGAUCAUACCGUGGAAGGUCCAACAACUCUGGAUUGGAUAAUACAAGGAAUGAGGUGUACAGGCGAAUCUUUGUUGAUUAUGCCUUAACCCAUGACGAUAGCCUAGUUAUUCCAGCAUCACCUAUAAUUGAUAUGUUCUAUCAUACUCCAGAGGAAGAAAUCGCUCUGGGACCAGCUUGUUGGCUGUGGGAUUAUCUAAGAAGAUCAGGAUCCUCUGGGUUUUUUUUACCACUCAGUGGAGGAAUCGAUAGUUCCUCAACCGCAUGUAUCGUGGCCUCUAUGUGUAACCAGGUUUGUAAAGCAGUGAAAAAUGGCAAUGUUCAAGUAUUGAAAGACAUCCAAAGAAUUGUGAAAGAGCCAGACUACAUACCAACAGAUUCUAAGGAAUUGUGUGGUAAAAUAUUUGUAACUUGCUACAUGGGAACUGAGAACUCGUCAGCAGAGACAAGAGAAAGAGCAGCAAAUUUGGGCAGAGAUAUUGGAAGCUAUCAUCUAGGCAUAGUAAUCGAUACAGCAGUGCGAGCGCUUGUUGGUAUAUUUACUACUGUUACCGGAUCAAGCCCGCGGUUUCGAGCACAUGGAGGGACUCAGCAAGAAAAUCUUGCCUUGCAAAACAUACAAGCUCGUACUCGAAUGGUGAUCAGCUAUUUAUUUGCCCAGCUAAUUUGCUGGUCUAGAAACAAACAGGGUUCUUUGCUGGUACUUGGUUCAGCAAAUGUCGAUGAAAGUCUUCUUGGAUACAUGACGAAAUACGAUUGCUCAAGUGCAGAUCUCAAUCCCAUUGGCGGUAUUAGCAAGACAGAUCUUCGAUCGUUCAUCUUCUAUUGCGUAGAGAAAUUCAACUUUACAUCAUUGAUACCAAUCCUAGGAGCACCACCAACUGCAGAGCUAGAACCACUUGAAAAUGGCCAGAUUCAACAGACUGACGAGAGUGAUAUGGGCCUUUCAUACGAGGAAUUGUCAGUUUUCGGGAAGUUCCGCAAGGUUUAUGCAUGUGGGCCAUACAGCAUGUUCACAAAACUACUUGGAGAGUGGAGUCAGAAGCUAUCACCGACGGCCAUUGCCGAUAAAGUCAAGCUAUUCUUCAGAAAACAUGCUAUAAAUAGACACAAAAUGACAGUUUUGACGCCGGCCUAUCACGCCGAAAGCUACUCGCCGGACGACAACAGGUUUGAUCUGAGGCCGUUCCUGUAUCGUGUCAGCUGGCCAUGGCAGUUUAGCCGUAUUGACAGGGCGUUGCAUACAGUGACAAGCAGGCUCGCCCAGAUGACAGAGGGCUCAUUAGAAGCGAAACACACUUCUACCAACCAUGGAUCGUCUUCCUCAUCAGCAACGGCAUCCACAGAUAAUGCAGGCCCGAAUUCCUCCGAAGCAGUGAAGACUGAGCCUAUAGAAAUGGACAAGAACAACUUGGAAGACAAAAACUGUGGAGGCGAAAACGAGGAGCAAACUUCAGGAACUCUGGAAGGAGACUUGGGUCAUCGAAAAAGAAAAUUGCAUAGGCAUGAGGUAACUGUUUGCCCUGCAAAGCUGCUCAAAACGUGAGUUUUUAAUCUGGGAAAAUAUCAUGGAGAUGGUGUUACUAACAUUAGAAGGUGUUGGCCAAGACAUCUGAGCACCCUCCUGUCUUUUUAACAUUUUUCAUAUGAUUCCGUUCAAAGUCUUUUGAAAUAAUUUUGUAAUUAUAUUUCACCUCUUUGAAAUAUAGCCUCUUGAUCUGGACCCUCGUUUUUGGUUUGUUAAUGGUUGUUUGAUUUUUGUAUAAUUUAGUCAUGUAUGUCACAACUUAUAUUAUUGGUUUAAACAUGAAACUUGCUGGCGCUAAAAUUCCCGUGAUUGAAGAUGAGUUUUUUGUUUAUAAAAAUUUAACCGAAGAUUACCAACCAUAUUAUGCUUUCGGGGACACUUCUUCUUGCCGGAAUUCCUUUGAUAAAUCCCAAUUCUCAAUUAUUUAGUCCCUGUCUUCCUUUGCGUACUGUCUCACGAUCAAUAUUUUCGUAGAAACUAUUAAAUUAUAACACUAUAAACACAUUUCAUGCAUAAAGCAUUGAACGCUCUGUUUAUUUCGACCCGAAACAUUAACGGUAAAAUCGAGGAGAUUUUUGCAUUUUAUAUGUAAGGCUUACUCGAAAAGAUUUUUCCUUUAAAAGGUAACGGGCUCAAGAGACGCAAUGACGAAAAUUGUUUCUUGCCUACGUGUGUUGUCUGUACUCCUGGCUGGAAAACUUGCAUAUGCUCGCAGCUACGCUGGUCUUCUUGUAAUCGCAUCAGGCCAAAAAUAUCAAAGACUUCGUGUAUAUUAUACUACAGGAAAAUUAUCUUGACUACAGAAAUGCAUAUAUGUGCAUUGGUCCCACUGAUCGUCGGCGAAACUAUACUUGUUUUCCAACCUGGUCUGUACUACCUUGCGUUCAUCAUUUUUACCACCUCAUAACACUUAAGAAGGGAACAUCUAUUCGAGAAAGCCACUCUCCUUUGAUAUCACCCAAAUGAACUCUUCUCGAAAUGCAACCUUGAGUAAAAAUCUGUGUGUAAUUUACUGCAAUAAGAUCCUAAUAUCAAACUCGUGUUCUUCGUACAAUUUGAACAUUUUCCUUAACUAAGCCGCCUUUCUAGAAAAACUUUUUGAAUUUAUA